AUGAACCAAAUAAAGGAAUGUUACACCAGCGAAGUGGUAGUUGGGAACGCCAAUUCACCUCCCAAUUCAAGUACAAAUUCCUUUAUUGCUGGCAGUACUCCUCCACAACAUUCAAUGAAUGGACAACUGAGUAGUCAAACCACAACGAAUGGUCAACAACAUCCACAAUUGACCAUUCAAAUACCACCAAAUACGAUGACGACAACGAGCACUGCUGCUGUUGUGGUUGCCAGUGCUACGACUACAACAAAUUCAAGCCUCAUGAAUCACUCCUCAGCGGCUAUGAAUAAGCGUGUCACCAUCUCUUCACCAACCACAAAACAACCACAACCACACGCACACGCACAACAAUCAUCCACUCUCUCCAACGUCGGUGGAGCUCAUAUGGCCAGUGAAUCAGGUAAAUCUGGAUCCUUUAGUCAUACCUCUAAAAUCACCAUCCGCACGUGUUGUGGUGUGGUUGAAUUUACGAGUAUGAAAUUAAUGAGUUUGAUCGGAAUGUUAGUCACUGUCUUGGGUCUAUUGGUGUUGGCAGGAGUGGCUGUUGCCUCUUUCGUCAUUGCUCAAACCAAAUCGACCGAUAUCUUGAUUGCCGUUGGUAAAGUGAGUUCAACAUUUGAAACUGCCAAUGCACUCGUUUCCAAGACCACCUACAUUGCAAGAAUGCGUUCGAAUGAAAAGGGUGAAAUUCUCGUGAAACCCGAAGUACCCUAUUCCAUUGUUACCGCACAAUACAAGAACAUGACUCAAACCGUCAAGGACAAUUUAGCCUUUAUUUUAAAAUCAUUGGAUGAUCAGACUGCCUUUUCCAUGUUCAAUACGACAACCAUUGAGGCUAGCAAUGCUCUUGAUUCUGCCAAUUCUCAAACUCUACUCUUUCUUACGUUCAAUCAGAGUGUGAGUGCUCUGAAUCAAAUCUCUGAAGAAUCUUACAAUCGAGCAUUGACAACCUUUAAGAGUGGUUUGGAUCAAUUAUUAACCUUUAUCCAAAAUAAGGAGAAACAAAAGGAUUACAAUCUGUUAGGUAUUACUUUGGUUCAAUUGAUUGUCAUUGUAAUUUCUCUAUUCAUUGUAUUACCAAUCAUUAUCUUUGUCUUUUCAUAUGCCAUUAAUAGAGAUUCGCUGUAUUUGGAAAAGAUUCGACGUGCCAAUGCCAUCAUGCUCAUGGAUACGAUGGAAGAUGAUGGUUUGAGAGCACUCUUUAAAUUACACUGUGAGAAGGAGAAGAGUAUUGAAAACUUUUUACUACUUGAAAAGAUUCAAUAUUAUCGAAGUUUGUGUGAUCGUUCCAUUGAAUUACAAAUGAAAUUAUUCGGUGAUUCCAAUGUGGUGAGUGAUGUUUCGAGUGAUAUUUCUGGAGAUUCUCAACCUCAACAAUCUCAACCAUCUCAAUCACAAGCAUCUUCUACAUCAUCCUCCAAGAAAAAGAAAGAAUCUCCUCUCGAACGUGAAUAUGCUGAAGUGGAAUCUAAAAAGUAUGAAGUUGCUUUUGAAAUAUUCACUGAUUUCAUGGAAGUGGGUGGUGAUAUGGCUGUCAAUAUUUCUCAAUCUUUAACAGAAUCUGUAAAGAAUACUCUUGACAGGUACAAUGACAAACAAAUUGAUACUCUUCCUGAAGAUAUGUUCAAUUUGUUAGAGAAGGAAACUUGUGUGGUCAUGUUAGAUACUCAUCAUCGAUUCAAACAAAGUUUAGCAUUCCAAAAAGAAAUGAAGAUUGAUAAGAUUAAGGUUGAAAAGUUGAAAAAGAAGAAGCAUGUUGAUUUUUAA